AUGAAUCAAAUUCCUGUCUUCGCCGGCUUGGGUUCAGAUGCGCUUUUCUCGGAGCGAACUCUAAAGACUGCUGCCGAAGACGCUAGAACGCCAGAGGGCCAAAUUAUAUUACGAGCAUGCCAUGGCAUUUUCGUGAGGGAGAUCACCUCCAUCAUCAACAGCCAGCGUCUAUCCUUGGACAUUAAGCUGGAAGACUUCGUGGCGCCAGAAAGCCUCAUAGGACCUCGGGAGUGUUAUCAACAGAAUAGCAUCAUUCAACAUGUAUCUCUCUACACAAUCCAGUUUCUAAGAUAUUUACGAUACCUGAAAGAGAAACCUGGCACUCUUGUUGGCGUGGCCGGAUUCUGUGCCGGAUUACUGCCUUGUGCAGCGGUGGCCACGUCCAGGAAUACCAUCGAACUGCUUUCUCGCGCCCAAGACUUUUUCUACGUAGCUCUGCAUUUGGGCAUUCGAAUCCAAGGCUACAAGCAGGUGAUGAUGGCGAAAACAGAAUGUCCAACACAUCUACCAUGUAGUCUGGUUGUGGACGGGAUCACGGCCCAGCGUGCCCAAGAGUUGCUUGAAGAACACAACAAACGGUCUCCGGCGUCUUACGUCUAUUUGAGUGCUAUCAACUCUGAUACUUGCAUCACUCUCAGUGGUAGAGGCGAUCAUCUUCAAGACUUCACCCAAAGCAACAUGCCCUCCCAAUGCAAGAUCCGGCCAACUAAUAUUUUUUCCUUGUAUCAUAACCGUCGUCAGCUCGAGGAAGUCCGAAAAGAGGUGCUUCAAGACCUACGAAACAAUAUACUCAUAUUCCCAGCACCGUUACAACUUCUUGUUCCGCUGUUUUCCAAUAUCGAUGGAAAGCCGAUCGACUCGGAGCAGCUAGUAACGGUUGAAGAGAUGUGCGAGAAGCUCCUUGAUAUGAUGAUGUUAGAGCCGGUGAACUGGGCAGCGGUCGAGGAUAACAUCCUUGCUGUCAUCGAGCAAUCCGCCACCGCUGUGGAUUCUUCUUAUGAGAUUUUGAAUUUCGGCCCCGGAUACGGCAUGUCGGGGACCAGACAUAGCCUCCCCGAUAACGUGAAAGUUGUAACUGCGUCAAUAGUCGAACCGCGUCUCCUACCACAUGACGCUUCUGGGCUGCUAUCCUCUGAUGACAUUGCCAUUGUGGGCAUGGGUGUGGAUCUUCCAGGAGCUCCCAAUAGCGAUGCCCUUUGGCAAAACUUGGUCGACGGAGUCAAUUCUUGCACUGAGAUUCCAUCGUCAAGGUUCCACGUGGAAGACUUCUACCAGGAGAAAGAUGGCCGUACACUAAGAACCAAGUAUGGCAACUUCCUAGAAAACCCCUUCAUGUUCGACAACGAAGUUUUUGGAAUUUCACGACGAGAAGCUCAUUCCAUGGAUCCCCAACAACGUGUCAUGAUACAAACUGCCUACCGGGCACUUGAAGAUGCGGGUUAUGUGCCUGAUUCAACCCCGUCGUUCUCCAGGAAGACGUUUGGCUGUUUUAUUGGAAAUGCGACUUUGGACUAUACCGACAAUCUGAGAGAUAACAUCGAUGUCUACUACAGCCCAGAGUGGACGGAUAUCCUACGUCUUCAAAUGGAGUGGGCCAUCUAUGACUUUAGACACGGCCUGUUCCUCGUCGAUGGUAGCCAUUCAUCAAGCAGCACGAGCAAUCCAAGCUGGGGACUGCCGAUGUAUCUUGGUCUCGAUAGAGCGCAUUUCCUGAGUCCUACUGGCCAAUGCAAGCCUUUUGAUGACUCGGCAGAUGGCUACUGUCGCUCUGAAGGGUGUGCGGCUUUCGUGAUCAAGAAACUUGGAGAUGCGAUAUCGGAAGGUGACCGAAUUCUCGGAGUUAUCAGAGGCACUGAGAUCAACCAAAGCGGCAAUGCUCAUUCCAUAACGCAUCCUCAUUCACCAACACAAGAAGACCUAUUUCAAUCGUUGCUUAAGAAAACGCAAAUCAAUCCUCACCAGAUCACUGUGGUGGAAACACAUGGAACAGGCACACAAGCUGGAGAUCCAAAUGAGCUUGUUAGCAUUCGUGGUGCAUUGUGCAACGGUCGAGAUUCGGGGAAUCUUCUCCAUUUCACCUCUAUCAAAGCAAAUAUUGGUCACUGUGAGGCCGCUUCCGGCGGUGCAGCAUUGGCUAAAUUGCUUCUGAUGAUAAAACAUGGCAAGAUUCCCCCGCAGAUAUCUCUCAAAACCCUGAACCGCAAGAUCAAAGACCUUGGCAAGGAUGGAUCCGUCAUUGAUCGUGACGGCGCCACUUGGUCUCAGCCUUCACGACACCCGCGGCUUGCUCUACUCAACAAUUUUGGCGCAGCUGGCUCCAACGGUGCCUUGAUUCUGCAAGAAUAUUCCAGUGUCAAAGUCUCCCCUCAGAAUGAAAAGCAGUGCGAGGCUCACACCUAUAUGCUCGGAUUCUCGGCUAGAAGCAACACAAGUCUCCUUGCUUACAAAGAUGCUAUGAUCGCUUAUCUGGAGGAUCCUUCGCUCCCGAGCUCUCUUCGUGAUGUUGCUUAUACAAGCACGGCUCGUCGCCAGAUCUUUGAUUAUCGUAUCUCUGUCACCGGCUCCACUGCUCAGGAAGUAGUCGACAGCUUGAGAAAUGCAGAGGUUUACCACAUUCGCGAGUCAGCGAAUCCCCAGCCGCGUGCAGUAUUCGCAUUCUCUGGUCAAGGCUCACAGUAUCUAGGAAUGGGCCGUGAGCUUUUGACUGCUUACCCCGAGUUCAAAAAUGUGGUCAUGGACUGCGAACGAUGGUUGUUGAGCAAUGGAUACCCGGGAUGUCUUGAUAUCAUCGCAUGCAAAGACGACCAAGAGCAGCAAACUCGCCCAUCUUCGUUGCAGCAGCAAUCUCUUCAAACAGCGGUCUUUGUCUUAGAAGUCGCCUUGGCGCGCCUUCUUAUGUCUCUUGGUAUUAUGCCGACCAUCGUACUCGGUCACAGCCUUGGAGAAUAUGCUGCCCUCGUCAUUGCUGGUGUUAUUGAAUUACAGGACAGUUUGAAGCUGGUAGCACACCGAGCCAAGCUUAUGAUGGAGCUUUGCCAACUUGAAACGACGUCAAUGCUUGCCGUCAACCUCAGUGCAGAAGCCGUGAGGAAUCACAUCGACAAUAGCCCAGAGUUCCACAGCCUGGCUAUAUCGUGUGAUAAUAGUCGUUCUGAUUGCGUUGUUGGAGGCCCAAUCAGUCAGCUUCAAUCCCUGAAAGCAAAUCUCAGUACGAUGAACACGCGGUCUAAGCUCCUGGAGGUUCCAAUGGCCUACCAUACAAGUGCAAUGGACCCCAUACUGGAUGAAUUGACCGAAGUCGCGAAGACACUCGAGCUCUCGUGCCCGACAGUUCCUGUUCUCUCCAACGUGUUUGGUCGCCUUAUUCAACCCGGCGAAAGAGCUUUCACUUCUGAGUACUUUGCUAUGCAUUGUCGCCAGACCGUCUCUUUCACUGCGGGCAUUCAUGAGCUCUGUCAUAGUGGAAUGGGGGCGGAAAUUUCCCGGUGGAUAGAAAUCGGACCUCAUCCCUCUUUGCUGCCAAUGGUUAACGCUAGAUUGGAUAAAGACACUACAGAUCUUCUACCCUCAUUGAGAAAAGGAACUCCAGCUUCUGCGGCAAUUUCUCGACUGCUGUGUCAUUUCUACCAAUCCACAACUGCGUUGAAUUGGCGAAAUGCUUUUGAUGAGCCAGCAACCCUGGCCUCCGUUCCCGCCAUGCCAUUUUCGGAACAAGAGUUUGGUGUCUACUAUCCACAUGAGAGCGCUCAGAGAGACUCGGGUAAGUGUGAUGAGAGUACCGAUUCUGAAACUUCGCACACCUUCCUGUCCAGGAUCAUUCAACGCCCGUCUGAGACGAACAGCGAGGCUAUUUUUGACACCCCGAUUGCGGUCUUCAAGGACUACAUUAUCGGUCACAUUGUUUGUGAGAAUGCUCUUUGUCCUGCAUCAGUGUAUCACGAGAUUGUUCUAGCUGCUUUGAAGUGGACACAACUCGAUCAAAGCGAAGAAGUCAUCAGGAUACUUUCAAAUGUGCAAUAUCCGGCACCUUUGCUAUACUCAGAAGGCUCUUCUGCGAUUGUUAGGGUUUCCAUUAAACCUAGCAGUGACCACAAGGCAAACUACUUGUUCACUGUGGGUUCAUACAACACAGGUUCCGACCCACAGCAGCAAGUGAUUCACUGUCAAGGGCAACUGAAGACACGAUCUAGUUCGCAUGCUCAGAAGUAUGCGAAGCUAGUGCCUCUCAUGGAACGGCAAAAGGAACGGUUCCUGCGAACCGACCAAUCGAGUACACAGAUAUUCCUUCGGAAAGCCAUGUAUGAAAAGGUUUUCACACGGGUCGUCACAUAUUCCGAAUUGUUCCAAAUGGUUCAGUCGAUGCGCAUCGAUCAGGAUGAAGCACUUGCAAUGUGCCGUUUUCCCAAUCAACAAGGAGACACAUCAGCGGCAAACACGGUUCUCAUGGACGUCCUGCUUCACGUUGCUGGUUUCGUCGCCAAUCUCAAUAUCGAGAAUGAUGAAGUUUGCAUCUGCAAGGAGGUCAAAUCUGCUGCCAUGAUUCGCGAAUUCCCCUUCUCGGAUACGACAUUCGAAGUUUAUUGCAGCAAUGUCGAAAUCGCAGCCAACAACGUGGUGAUAGCAGACGCAUUUGCUGUUGAUUCACAAGGCGUCAUUGCUGUCUUCAAGGGCAUGGCCUUCCAACGAGUGAAACUCGCAAGAAUGGCUCAAGCGCUCCGGUUGACAGCUGCGAGAUAUGGUCAUUCACAGCAAUCUGCUCCAAUGGAGCGAGCCAAACCGGUAGCUCCGAUGCCCUCGGCUCCUGCCCCAAAGCCUGUUGACAUGUCUGCCGAUAAGCGACCGGCUAUCAGGGAGAUCAUUGCGAGAACUUGCAAUAUUGAAGCUUCGAGCUUAACUGCAGACACCAGCCUUCACGACAUUGGCUUUGACUCGCUUAUGAUUAUCGAACUUUCUUCAAACCUGUCUUCUCAGCUUCAAACCUCAAUUUAUAUCUCCGCUUUGGAGGAUUGUGAGACCGUUGAGGACAUCGAGCAGCUGUGCAGCGAUGUGGGCCAAGCAGGACUCACGCCUAUUUCGGAAGCAGAGAGCGUUGACUCCGUCAUUUUGCCAAUAACACCGGCAACGCCUGCAGAUAAGCUACGCAUUGCUUCCAUCAUCGCCGAGACAUGUGGUGCGCAUAUUAUAUCAGUCAAGUCAGAUGUAGAGCUCGAGGCUCUUGGUAUUGAUUCAUUGAUGAUGAUCGAGCUGGAAGCCCGUCUGCAAAGUCCAUCAAGCACCAAGAAACUUUCAUCUUCGGAACUAUCAGAAUGCAGAACAGUGAGGGAUAUUGAGAAAUUAGCAAAUAUAGAUGAUGUACCAGCUCAACUUGAAGUUGAAAUUUCUUCUCAAUUUUCUCCCCGGCCCCCUCAUGAAACACAAUCCUCAGUACCAGAAAAGGAACAGAAUGAACCAUCCGCAUCGAUGACUCUGAAAAUUGCGACUAUCCUUAAGCUACAAGAGCAACCCGAGAAAGUGUAUCUCGCCGACGACACGGCCCCUAAGAACGCUCCGCUUUUCCUCAUCCACGAUGGCAGCGGCAUAUGCGUUCAGUAUCACCGAUUACAACCCUCCAAUCGGUCAAUUUAUGCGAUUCAUGACCCCAACUUUCUAGAGCCAGAUUCCUGGACAGGACUUCCCGCCAUGGCACAAUCAUAUGCAAGACUUAUUGAAAGAACCACUUCGGGACCAUAUAUUCUAGGUGGCUGGUCAUUCGGCGGUGUUGUUGCAUUCGAGGCUGCUAGAGUGCUACUGGCAGAAGGCCACGCUGUGACCGGUGUCGUUCUCAUCGACUCACCCCCACCACUCAACCACAAACCUCUCUCCGCGAACAUCAUAGAUGCCGUCACAAGAGGUGGCAGAAACAGAGGUGGCCUGGUCGGCCAAACUAUUCACAGCCAUGUGAGGAAAAGCUUCACAGCAUGCGCGGGUAUGCUUGGGGCUUUCGAACCAGAGGCUGUGACAAGUACCAGUCGACCAAUUCCACGGACUUUCUUGCUCCGAUCAAAAGAUGGCUUUCAACUACAGGCAGCGGAUGGUAUUCAGGAGAUUGAGAACGCUUGGCUGCAGGAUCGUUCCGAUCCUAGGACUUCUAUUGAGGAUUGGGAGAUUGUUACAAAGGCAAAAAUGCCUUACAUGGAUAUCCCAGGUGACCAUUUCCAGGUCUUUGAUGCUGCCAACACGCCUCUUCAUGUUGAACAGCUUCCGUAA